GACCGCUCGAGGGAUUAUUGCACACUCGUCUCACCUCCUAUCCUCUUCCUUUCACCUCUCUCCCACAAUAAUCGAGCCCUCCUCGCCAGCACACCUCGAAUUGGUGGACUGCCAUUCGUAUCUCCAUCACAUCACACCUCACAAAAAAGUACUCGCCAACACAAUGCCUGGUGUUGUGCAAGGGCCGUCGACCCUCUACGACAAGGUCUUCGCGCAGCAUAUUGUUGAUGAGAAGCCGGACGGCACAGUUCUCUUGUACAUUGACCGCCACUUGGUGCACGAAGUCACCUCCCCACAGGCAUUCGAAGGCCUGAAGAAUGCUGGCCGCAAAGUGCGAAGACCAGACAACACCCUCGCCACGACCGACCACAACGUCCCAACGACGACGCGAAAAAACUUCAAAAACAUCAGCGACUUCGUCAAAGAGGAUGACAGCAGGUUACAAUGCGAGACUCUGGAGCAGAACGUCAAGGACUUCAAGCUCACUUACUUCGGCCUCGGCGACAAGAGACAGGGUAUUGUGCAUGUCAUUGGACCGGAGCAAGGCUUCACCCUUCCUGGAACCACUGUUGUAUGUGGUGACUCUCACACCAGCACACAUGGCGCAUUCGGUGGCCUGGCCUUCGGUAUCGGUACCAGUGAGGUCGAGCAUGUCUUAGCCACGCAGACCCUCAUGACGAAGCGAAGCAAGAAUAUGAAGGUGGAAGUGAAUGGAGAGCUUGCACCAGGAGUCAGUAGUAAGGACAUCGUCCUGCACGUCAUCGGCCUCAUUGGCACCGCUGGUGGUACUGGGCACGUGAUGGAGUUCUGCGGCUCUACUAUUCGCAGCCUCAGCAUGGAAGCAAGAAUGAGUAUGUGUAACAUGUCUAUCGAGGGCGGGGCUCGUGCCGGCAUGGUCGCUCCCGAUCAGACCACAUACGAGUACGUCAAGGGUAGGCCGUUGGCACCCAAGUACGAUUCGCCAGAGUGGAAAAAGGCACUCAAGAACUGGGAAGGCCUCAAGAGCGACCCAGGCGCGAAGUGGGACGCUGAAGUCAUUAUUGACGCGAAGGAUAUCGCACCGACUGUGUCGUGGGGCACUUCGCCCCAAGACGUCGUACCCAUUACUGGCAAAGUUCCAGGCCCUGAUGACUUCGAGGAUAAGGACAGGAAGAUGGCGUGCGAGCGAUCUCUUCAGUAUAUGGGUCUGACGGCGGGAACGCCCAUGACCGAGAUCGAGAUCGACAAGGUCUUCAUUGGAUCUUGCACCAACUCUCGAAUUGAAGAUCUUCGGAUCGCAGCACACAUUGUCAAGGGCAAGAAGAUUGCAUCAAAUCUCAAGCGAGCAAUGAUUGUACCAGGUUCCGGGCUGGUCAAGCAAAGAGCAGAAUCCGAAGGCCUUGACAAGAUCUUCAUCGAUGCUGGCUUCGAGUGGCGGGAAGCUGGUUGCUCCAUGUGCUUAGGCAUGAAUCCGGAUAUCCUGUCACCAAAAGAGCGAUGUGCAAGCACCAGUAAUCGCAACUUUGAAGGUAGACAGGGCGCGUUGGGUCGGACGCACCUGAUGUCGCCUGCAAUGGCUGCUGCAGCUGCCCUUGCCGGGAAGCUUGCGGAUGUUCGACACCUUCAAGGUUACGAGCAGGCCAUUCCUAAGGCCAAGGUUGCACCUACGAAUAUUGAGCCUUACACAGAAGACCCCGAGUCGGACGCUGACCUCGACAAGAUCCUCGACCUCCCACAAGAGCAGGACAUGACAGUGUCGCCAAGCGAUGCACAAAAGUCUGCUUCCGGAUCUCCCGGUAUGCCACCAUUCAAGCAGCUGAAGGGUAUUGCUGCUCCCAUGGAUCGCAGCAACGUUGAUACAGACGCCAUCAUUCCCAAACAGUUUCUGAAGACCAUCAAGCGUGCCGGUCUUUCCAUUGGUCUAUUCUACGCUUGGCGCUUCAACGCGGAUGGCACGCCCAACGAGGACUUUGUCCUGAACCGUGAGCCUUACACCAAAUCCAAGAUUCUGGUCGUUAGUGGCCCCAACUUUGGAUGUGGAUCCUCGAGGGAACACGCACCAUGGGCGUUGUUGGAUUUCGGCAUCAAAUGUGUCAUUGCCAGCUCCUUUGGAGACAUUUUCUUCAACAAUACCUUCAAGAACGGCAUGUUGCCGCUGAGGAUUACCGACCAGAAGAUAUUGCAGCAGCUGAUGGAGGAGGCCAACGCAGGCAAAGAGCUUGAGGUGGACUUGGAGAACAAUGUCAUCAAGGAUGCUGAUGGAAACACGAUUACGAGCUUCGAGGUCGAAGAGUUCAGGAGACACUGCCUGAUCAAUGGACUGGAUGAUAUAGGCCUCACUAUGCAGGACGACGACAAGAUUACGAGAUUCGAGAAGAGGCGCUCGGAAGAGACUCCUUGGUUGGACGGCUCUGGGUACUUGGCCAAGCAUCGGACUGGACCAGUCAAGGUCGAAGCCGUACCCGUGCCCAAGACGAAUCGUGGCGAGGACAAGACUGAGCCGCUCGAGUGGUAGAUCACUCGAUGCGAACAUAAAAUUCGCUCUUAACAGCGAGGAGUUGAUGUGUAUUUUUUUUCCUUUUUAGCGAGAUGCAAAAUGAAUGAUGCCGGUGGGGCUGUUCGCCUGCAAAGCGAACCACAAAACCACGUUCCGAUCCAUUUCACACUGUAUCUCUCCCCAUUUUAUCACUUCUCCACCCCCGCAAAAUUCCUCCUCUCAUGCUCCAUAAUCGCCUCCACCUUCGCCGCACUCGCACUCGUCGGAUCAAACCGAUAACCAAUCCACUCCCUCACCAACCUCCUCGCCAACUCCAACCCCACCACUCUCUCACCCAAACACAACACCUGCGCAUCAUUACUCAAAACCGCCCUCUCGACACUAAAACUAUCAUGCGCCGUCACGGCCCUCACUCCAGGGACUUUAUUCGCACUAAUCGCCACCCCCAAGCCCGUGCCACAAAUUAACAACGCGCGAUCGACUUCGCCGGCCGCGACGAGUUUGGCUGCGUCGACGGCUGGAUGUGGAUAGGCGGUUUUGUCGGCCGAGGUGUGCACUCCGACGUCGAUAAUGUGGGCGAUGCGGGGGUCGGCUUCGAGGUCGGCUUUGAUGGUGCUUUUGUAGUUGCAGCCGGCUUCGUCGGCGCCUAGAGCUAUGCGGAGGGGGGUUUGAGACAUGAUUUUUCUUUUUGUACUCUCGCGUCUUUUCUUGGAGGUGGAGAUGAUUGUUCUUGUUCGCUUGAGGGAGAUUCUCGGGUGAUGAGGGGGUCUUGAUACCAACUCGAGACUUUCGGGGCUGUUGAGUGUGUGUGUGUGUAUAAAAGGUAGGUAGGAGGUAGGUAGUUGGAAGGUCUUAUAGGCUAGGUAGUUUCCAGUAACUUGGCUCUUGCCAACCCAAGUCCUCAAGAAUCCGAUAGGUGGUAGCUGACGAAUUUGUUUAGCAAAAAAGAGGCUAGAACGAACGUGAACAGGUUAUACCCAAGGCAGGAACGAUAUUUAUACCACCUUUCAUAGCCCCGGCAUCUGGUGUACAUGGAACGGUGUACCUACCACCAAAUGACUUGGUGGUGGGGUACAGGGUACAUGUCACGUCGGGAUGCCGUAUCAGGUAAAUCGUACACCAACUUCCCCUCCUCCUUCCCCGAGACUUAUCUACUCUGAUCUUUUGAAGUAUCUUCCAUGCCAAGAGCGUGCUGGGGGAGCGAGGGUGACAAAUUCGCAAAUCACGCUAUUAUCAUUGCCACAAGUACAAGCAGUACUCGCGAAUAGUAGUCUCAUUGCAUCCAUCUAGUCUGUGUGCAAGAGAACAAUGUCUCCAAUUAUUCCUCUUCAUCGUCCUCUUCGUCAUCUUCCUCCAUGCCUUCCGCAGCGUCCACUUCAAACGUCGGCGCUUGAUCUACCCCGACAUAACUAUCACUCAUCAAGAACAAUGUCAACUCAUGCUUUCCAGGAGUCGGAAGCACAAUUUCCAACUUGGUCUUCAGCUCUCGCACAACCGUGACUCUCUUGAUUGCAAGCAGAUUCUUCGUGCUCUCCUCACCCACCACCAGCCACCAAUUCUCCGUCUUCUCGGCCGGGUAGAAAGGUGCGUGAACUUGAAGGUUGGGCUCUUCAUCUUCUUCAAGUUGCCGUGUGACUGAAAUGUUGACAUAUGAAGGCUGCCCAGAUGCUACAUUCUCGGGGUCUGCGAGCUCAAACUCCAGCUCCACGUUGGGGUAACGCUCGUUGAUGAAGCGUGCCGCAUCUGCGAGCUGAGAGUGAUUGAGACCAAGACCAGCCAUGAGCUUGCCAUGAUCAGGGUUCUCAUCAGGAUCCAUAGCAUCUUGAAACUCAACGACGUCCUUGAUGUUGAAAGUGCUACAGACUUCGAUCUUGUCGUCCUCGAAGUGUGGAAUCUGUUUGAGUGGCGAGUCGCGAUCCCACAUAGCUUGUACGACCAUUUGACUGAUUUCCAUGGCGUUCAUGGCAUUGAGGUGUCCUUCUGAUGAGAGCACAUCAACACAGGCGCUCAGGAUGCUCAGUACCUUGCGUAGAAUGAUCUCCUGAUCCUUUGCAAGAUCUGCUGGCAGCUGCAUGCGAGAGAAGUGUGCCUGCAGGAGAAGGAAUGACUUGAAGUGCGGCGACUCAAAAUUGACUUCCGCGAGCUUGACAGGGACGCGUUCGUAUAUGCGCUCCAGAACGUGCUCCUCGUGUCUGCGGAUCUGAAUGUCUUCGAAUUCCGUUGCAGCAGUCACAAUUUCCAAUAUUCCCUUGAGCUUCGUGCCACGCUUCAGGGAGAGUAGCAACGUCUGCAUCGUGAUGAAGGAGAUAUUGUAGUAUGCUGCGAUCAUGGCUGCGUUGAGUGGCGUGAUUGUAUCUUCAUCUUCGUCGAUCUCGAUGAUCUUGGCGUCCGACAAGUCCUUCAGUGUCUGUUCGACUUGCUCAGACAGGUACGCGCUGAGACCAUCAUGUGAGGUGUCCGUAAGGCCAUAGAAGCUGGGAUUCGCAAGUAGUCUUCGGUAGAGAUAAGUGUAGGUAGUCCAGUCCACCGCAUCCUGAGUGCUUUCGAUGGUCUUGGUGCUAAUUUCCGUCACAAAUGCAUCGUGCAGAUACGAUAGCAGUUGACUCUCGAUUGGCAGAGCCUCGCCCAAGAACUUCUUGUAGUAUGCUCGUUUGGUGUCUGGGCACAUGAGAACACCGCGCGCGUCCUUGUCCUCGCCUGGUCGACCAGCUUUGCCGAACAUUUGCAAGACUUCUGCAAUGGGAUAAUCGAUGUAGCGAUGUUCACGGCCCUCGAAGAACUGCGUUCCCAUGACAAUGACUAAAUGUGCUGCAGGCUGGAUUUCCCAGCAGCAAUCUCGUGCGACGAUCAGGAUUUGCACAGCGCCUUGCUGGAACAACGAUGUGGUAAUGCGCUUGUCGGAAUCGCUCAAUGCCUCAUGAUAGUAUGCGAUACCGUGCGACAAUGACUCGGCCAACGUCUUCUCCUUGACCUUCGUCAGGAUCGGUGCAAGCUGCUCGGCUUCAGUCCGCAGAAAGCGGUCUUCACUGUCGGCUGCAACACAUGCGGCCAGCAGGUCCUGUGCUGUGGCUCGAACUUGCUUCCUACUUGGUACAAAAACCAUAGCUGGCUUCUCUGGGGCAUAUUGUAGAAUAGCCUGGUAGGUGGGCUUGACCAUCGCCAACAUGAGUGACGGGAAAUGGGGGAUGUUGAACGCCUGCAAGUGCAAAUUCAGUGGCAACGGCCGGUUAUUGGGGCUGAAGUUGAAGAUUGUGCGCUUGCUGCAACCGAUCCACUCGCCAAUGUCCUUAGCAUUGGAAAGCGAGACGCUCAGUCCGAUCGUACGGAGGUUAUUCUCGAGCUGGACUUUGAUUGCUUGCGUGCGUGAAAUGACAGCCUCAUAGGUGUAACCACCGUGACCACCUAGCAUAUGCAGAUCGUCUGCAACGACGAGCUCAACACUCUGGACGUUCUUUCUGCGCUGCCAUUGGCGCGACAUCAUGUCCCACUGUACCGGAGUGGCGAGGAUCAGGUCGCCCUCGGCCAAUAGCUUCAGGUCAGCGGUGGUCUCGCCAGUGAGCUUGACGAUAGUCUUGCCGCCUGACAAAGAUCCGAGGGUCUUCUUCCAUGCCUCACAGCGGAUAUCAACUUGCUGCUGGAAUGGUGCAAUGUACACUGCUUUGCCGCCUUCAGCUUUUGUGAAGUGCCGUAGCAGCGCAAACUCAGCGCAUAUGGUCUUGCCGCUACCUGUCGGUGCACCAAUGUAGACGUUCUCGUCCGAGCGGAAGAGCGCAUCAAAGGUCUGCGUCUGGAUUUUGUUGAACUGCCCCAGUCCGGAGUACAAGUUGAUGAACUCGUCUCUCUUCAGCUGUUCCACGGUCAGGGGUUGCAUGUCCAAGAGCUGGGUGUGGGCCGGGAACUUUUCAGGAAGCGCCAACUUUUGAAACGAGAGUGUGAGCUUGCUCUCAGCAUGCAUCCAUCGGUCGCUAAUCACAGAGAUGAAGUAGUUCGGCGGCAUCGGCUCUGUUAUCGGCACAGUGAACUCGACCAGAUGCUCGUUCAUUUCAGCUUCUGCAUACUCCUUUCGGAGCAGGAAUUGAUCGUGGAACAAGAUCUCUUCGCCAUCACAGUCCUCAACCAUGAUCCACCAAUUCUCAGCACGGCCGUGAAUGGUAUCGUCCCAUUGAAACUUAGGUGUAAUGGUCAAUUCAACCCGAAGCAUGCUGCGAGUGAUGGGCUGACACUGCGCCUGGAUUUCUAGUCUGGGAAACUUGGCCACCAGGUUGCAGACCUGUCGCCCCUGUUUAGGCAUACCCAGAAGCUCACCCAUGCGAGGCGGAUCGAGAUCAAAGUAGCUCUGCCAGGGCACGUCCAUCCGCUCAGCUUUCUUGAUUAUGUCCGGCGAGCAGUCCAGGAACUGGCGGAGAGGAGUCAUGGUAGGCCACAUACGCUUCUCCGCCAUCUUGCACAGAUCAAGCGCGUCCUUUGCAACCUGUGCCCAGCCCUUUUUGAGCGCGAUCUCAAACAUGGCGCGAAGAAUACGACCAGCAGACUGAGUGACAUAGACGAGAUCUGCCAUGAGCGCGAGCCCUUCCAGCUUCAGUCGACUCACAUAUGCCUGCAGAAGAACAUUGAUCUUGCACUGUGGCUCAUCAAUGGUCUCCUUGACUGGGAUGGGCACUCUUCCGAGCAGUUUCGCCAAUUCGAGCUUCUCAUCCUGUCGUACAGGAAUGUACUUGAAUUCAUCGCUGAGCGCAAACACUCUGAACAGCUCGAUGGGGCUGACGGAGGGCUGGAUGUGCAGGUUAUAUGUCAUCAUACUGUUGUGUGUGAUGUAGUAAUGACUUGCAACACGGCCCAGAUCUUUACUCUGCAGGCGUCCACUCUUCUUGUCGUAGGCAAUGAGGCUCGCCUUUUCGAGCACGACAGCCGCCGAGUGUAUGAGAUCGACCCGUUUCUGCUCGAGAAUCUCAUCUUGAUCGUAGUCAGCGCCAACUUGAUAGAGCGCAGGCGAGCGCAGCAUGCGAACGAAGAGAUAGGUAUAGCUGAGCCAUUCCACACCUUCGUCCCGCGUACGCACGUUUCCAAGUACGAUCUCAGCGUUCAGAUUGUCUGCCAGCUUCGAAACAAAUUGCGAUUCAAUUGGCAAUUGCUGAUUGAGAAGUGACAGAUAAUACUGUAUCUCAGCCUGUGUCGUGAUGAUGAUCCCCUCACCAUACGUAUCGUAUUGUGGACGACCAGCACGACCCAGCAUUUGUAGGACAUCUUGAGGGCUCAGCUCAACCCAAGAACCCUUUUCAGGAGAGUAAAUUUGCGUGCCCUUGAUGAUGACGGUGUGGGCAGGUAAGUUGACACCCCAAGCCAGCGUAGCAGUACACACGAGUACUUGAAUGGCACCAUCGGCGAACAGAUCUUCCACUGAAGUUCUGUCCGCCCGCGACAUUCCAGCAUGAUGUAUACCAAAACCAUACGGCAAAACGUCUUUCAGUUCUGCGUUUUGGCACGAUUCGGCUUCUGAACGUAAGAUUUCUCGCGAUGCGGCAUCCGAGCGCAGAAUCUGGCCGAUCGUGUCCAGCUCGAGCGCCUUGUCACGAAUGUACUUGGCAGUUUUUGCUGUCUCCUUGCGCGAGUGAACGAAGAUGAGCAUCUGGUUCUUGUUCUGACCGACUUGCUCAAGCACUUUGGUGUAGCAGACAUCGUUCAUGGUCUUGAGCUGCUUGAUAGCCUUCUUCUCAGUCACGCCAAUAAACUCCUGCUUGAGGGGACAGGGCCGGAAUGUACCGUCGAAAUGGAACAGAUCCUUUGAUACAUCAACUCUGAGGAAAGAUGCAACAUCGCGGUAAUUAGGAAGCGUCGCGGACAGACCGACGAUGCGGACUGGGUCGCCUGUCUGUUCUGUUCGUCGGAUCGUCCGAGCAACGAUACUCUCCAGGACUGGACCACGGUCAUCAUGCAGCAAAUGGAUCUCGUCAAUACAGAUCAAGCGUACUAAGUUGGUGUAGCUCGUGUCGGUGGCCUUCCGUGUGAUGACAUCCCACUUCUCAGGCGUCGUGACAAUGACAUUGGUCUCCGCGAUCUGCUGCUUUGUGAGUUGACGAUCACCCGUGAGCUCAGCUACCCUGAUGCCAUAUGAUUCAAGUCGCUUGCCAAAGUUGCCCACUUGCUCUUGCACUAAAGCCUUCAGAGGCGCGAUGUAAAUAAUCUUGAAUUCUUCCAGAUUGAUGCGACCAGUCGAAGGAUCGCGGUGCUUGCCAAUCUCGCGAAGCAUAGCAAGCAUGGCAACGUUCGUUUUUCCAGAGCCCGUCGGAGCACAAAUAAGCAUGUUGCCAUCGUCGAGGAACGCAGAGUCGUGACAUUCGGUUUGAAUGCGAUUCAGCGAUGGAUUCGAGCCAAAGCCAGCCCUCGCCCAGGCAGGGAGCUCUUCCAGCUUGAUGAGAGGUCGCUCCCCUGGGACCUGUUUCCUUUUCGGUGCCGGGACAUGGAUCUCCUCGUAGCCUUUGAACGCACGCUUCGUCGAGCCUUGAGGCAGUCGUACGUUUUGGUUGGUCAUCAAGUGGUUUCCCUGAUCAAACUUCAAAUCUUCCAGAUUCAGCGUCUUGCGUGGUUGCAUGCCGCCGACCAGGCCAUCCUUCUUGAUAUCCUCGUCGUCCUUGACCUCAAGCUUCGCAUCCAGCUGCAUUGGAUCGAGCUUCACCUGCAUCCUUGUCUUGCCCGUGGCCUCGUCACGUCCACGCAGCUCUUUCAGAAUACUAGCAUGCCCAGCAUUCACCAUCUCCUUCUCCACGAUGACACGCGACUCCUCAUCUUCAGCAACUCGUCGCCACCUUGUGACCCAGACGAUCUUAUCUCUGUUCUUCACGAGCUUGCCCACAAGCUCGUGGUGAUCAUAGUCGAACAGCUCCAUGAGAUCAUUCUCGACUUGUCCCAAUGGCUUCUCCUCGCCUGCCUCAUCUGUAGCAGACAUGAUAGCCUCGGCCUCUCGCGUCUUUUCUGCUUGUAUAUGUGCAUCGUCAUAUAUAUCACCAAUAUGUCGCUGCAGCCAGUAUGCAUCGAUAUCGUGCGCAGCGACAAAGUUUGGGUCCUUUUCUUCCCUGCCUGUCCGCCUGGGUCGAUUCUCAAUGACCAUUCCAUCGUCGUCUUCCUCAUUGCCGCCAUCUGCAUCAGGCGGCGAACCAGCGCCAUCAGUUGCAGCAUCUUCGGCACCCAUAGCCAGCUCGUCUUCUGACUCGUCGUUCUGCUCCCGGACCUCGAAUGUCUGAUUGGCGCCAUCGUCCUCGCUUUCGUCACCAAAAUCAACUGCAACACCUUGCUGCUCGUCCAUGUCGGCUUCAUCGGCGUUGGAUCCACCCAUCUCUUGAUCAUCAUCUUGUGCAUCAUAAUCCGUGAUCUUUUUGCCCAGGUUGACCAGCUGAUUGAACUCUUUGCUCGAUAGCGUAAUGCCCAGGAUAUCGUCAAUUUCCUUCUUCCUGUCGAAGUCCUUCAUUCCGUCAUCCUUGAGGUAUUCGAGAAUCGAGUCGGUGGCAGAGGCGGUAAUGGCCAAGCCAUAGUCGCCACCCAUCUUUUGCGCCACAUUCGAGGAGAUCAGAUCGUACACGUCUUUCGUUGCGGCUGUUCGAGGUCGAUAUCGCAGGCCCUCAAUGUUCAUAUCCUGGGCGCUCAAGAUGCCCGCCUGUCGUGAACUUUGCACAGGUUCUGUCCUCUUCCUCUUUUUUGCGCCUUCGUUGGUCGCACCAGAGACUGGAGCCCUUUCCCUUGCCGUUCUCGAUCCCAUCUCUCCCAGCUUGAUCUUUCCUGCCAGCGACUCCGGAUCGCCAGUUGCAUCAUCGCCUCGGCGCGAGACAAAUCGUCGGUCGGCCUGGAGGACCAAGUUGGACAUGGCCGCAUAUUUGUACUGGCCCAGAUUGUCCGGGUCGCCCUUUCCUUGUUUCGACAUGAUGGCGG